GCGGGGACACGGAGGUACUCGCGUCGUGCUUAUGAGACGAAACCGGGCUGAAGAUGCCUAAGCAGAAGAGUCGAAAAUUUUAGGUUGCUAUGUCACUAGUAAGAUGGGUACCCCGUGGAAAAGCGCCGCUCAAUGUUGUGAUGCUCAUACAUUAUGUCCGUUGUCCCUUGACGAGUGGACUAGCGGAUGACGCGCCCGUCAACACAAUUCCAGCCGAGAUAUCUCCGCCCUUCAUGCCUGAGGAGGUUAGGUCCAUCUGCAAGGGGCGAUUAUGGCCAGUAUGGCUAAAUAUCAGUGAUAUGAUAUACCUAAACAAGGCUGUACUGGCUCAUAAGCACGAUGAAAUUGCGGUCUCCACCAUCGUAAAGCCGGUCCAACAAGCUGCGGUAUUCAAUUAGUAUAGGGAAAUCUCCAAUGAUCAUUCCUUCAUUGCUAACAAAAUAUACAAUGUCUGCUUCUAAGAGUCAUGACGUAAGCAAUGUGCAUGCUUCCAGGUCCGCCGCUUCCUGCCGCCCAUAUAGAGUAAAAUGAUGUGAUAGACGGGAGUACGACUUAACUCCACAAUUCCACGUAUGCGCCGGAUAAAAGA